UACGGCAGUGGGUGUGUGCAGAAUGGGAAUCUUAAUGCAGGUUGCUUUGGUUUUUGUGACGAUUCUUACUACAGGUCUGGCCGGUGUUUCUUUCUCUGCAGGUCCUUGUUCCAAUGGGGUCAAGCCAGGCGGAUCGUGGUACGAACCUGGCUGUAUUAAAUGUUUCUGUUACAACGGCGGCUUUGAAUGUCAAAGCUGCGGGAUAGCGCACAUCCAGUACAACAGGAAAAAGUGUUACCUAGAGUCAGACAGGGUCGGGCUGUACCCCAGCUGUUGUCUGCCCGUGGUGGUGUGCCCAGGGGAUAGACGCUUCAAACCCGACAAGCUGGCUAAAGCUUUGAAAAUAUCGGCCAACAAAAAACUUAAAGAGAGCAACCUCCGCCGAGUACAGGCCGCUAAAAAGAAGACAGCAAGGCAAAGAGUGAAGGUUAAUGAAACAAAAGUGAACUAAAAUGUUUAGCUCGGAUAUUUGUUUUUAUAAUCGUUUCCAAGACAAUUUAAAUUUAGCUUCUUUAUUAAACAAUAAAACUCUCAUAUGUGAAUAUAUCACGUUGUCUAACGUUUUAAAUGUUUUAAAGUUCUAUUAAGCGCAUUAUUUAAGGGUAAAGAAAGUGGAUGCUCAUUUUCUUUUUUUUAGUACUUGAACGAACGUCUACAUUUUAAUGUAUGUUUAUGUUCGUGACGCCGUCUCACUUAAAAAUUUACGUGUUAAGUGUUGAGAACAAUUUUAAACAUUUAAUACAAAGAAUAAUGUUGAAUUUUUAAUAUAAUACAAGGGAGGCAACCAGUAAUUAAUUUAUAAGAUUCGUUAAAAAUACAAGUUAUAUAAAAAUAAGUUUGUGAUCGUAUUUUAUUAAUAAAUUUUAAACUUUUAAAAUAAUAUUUGUAUCUAACUUAUGCAUAACAACUGGAUUUUGUAUUAGUUUAAGUUAAAUAUGUGUUUUAAUUAAAGGAUAAAAACACUACUUGCAUUUCAAUUAUAUAUUUUUAAAUACUGUUACAAACUAUUCCCAGCAGUACACCUUUGACUAAUAUGAACUAGUUUCUUUCUUGCCUUUUAUAUUUAAAAAAAAAUAUUAAUUAAUUACAAA